CUGGUUUCAUUCUUAUCCAGGUACUGUAACUUCGUAGAUACCUGCAUCUACAACUCGGCGACUGUGGUUGUCCAUUCGCUCAUGCAAUAGACAAUACCUUUGAACCAGAUAGCGCUGCAGAACUCAACACCUGUUAACCAUUCCUAUUUUCUCACCAGCCAGUCGCUUCCAAGUUCCGCCCUUCGCGCCAUGGAUCACUCGUCGCACGACCACAGCAUGAUGGGCCACUCAUCUCACGAAGGCAUGGACCACGGUGAUAUGGGCGGCGGCCACAUGUGUAGCAUGAACAUGCUCUUCACCUGGGACACGACCAACCUCUGCAUCGUGUUCCGCCAGUGGCACAUCACAUCCAACCUGAGCCUCAUCGUGUCGCUGUUGGCCGUCGUGGGCAUCUGCGCCGGCUACGAGGCCCUGCGCGAGGGUAUCCGGCGUUACGAGGCCGCGGUGUCCAAGAGGGCUGAUACGGCGCCGCUCCCCCGGUCCCUAUCGCCAUCAUCGCCGCGGCGUUCUGAAGAAGCAAAUACUGAGAACACCCCCUUAUUUGCGCUGGGUACAGGCCAGAACCGGGACCAAGUCACACGGCGGGCACAUAUCACCAAGGCGGUGCUGUACGGCAUCCAAAACUUCUAUGCUUUUAUGAUCAUGUAAGUCCCCCUUCAGAGUGAUCUGACCUGCCCCGUUGUGAAUGGGAGUAGUGCCCCUGACCGACCGCAAUAGGCUCAUCUUCAUGACCUACAAUGGGUGGGUCAU